GCAAUGAUCUGAAGUCAUGACAUCACGGUGAAAGUAUUUGCUGGCAGUGUGAAGGCCUACUUGCUAAACAGGGUGGAUGUUCUGGACGAUGACUCGCUCGGCUGCACGUUCUCUUCUCUUGAAGAAUGCUAUUCCGCUCGGUUAUGGGAACGUGAUGUUUGUGCAGAAAACGGACUUGGUCAGAGCUGAAUAAUGUCCAUGGGUCAUAACUUCUCAACGGUGGUCAUCAUGUUCCAGAUGUUGGUGAUGUUGCUCUCAGUUGUCCUCUCCCAAACAACAUAUUCCUCGUCAAAGAGAGGACGCAACAUCACCGUCCUCUCCUCCCAGCUGGUCUGCAGUCUGCCGGGGGCACCGGGGCCCGACGGGAACCCCGGAGCCCCAGGGCCACCGGGGCCCAUGGGCGCCAUGGGGCCCCCAGGGAGGGAUGGCCCGGACGGGAAGGACGGACUGAGGGGGCUAAAGGGAGAUCACGGUGACCCGGGGAGGACAGGGAACCCAGGUAAGCCCGGUGUGAAAGGCCGCGAAGGUGUCAUCGGCAAAGCCGGACCUCGAGGUCUAAAGGGACCGCGGGGGGCAGCAGGGGCGGCGGGACCACGAGGACGUCGAGGAGAACUGGGUGCCGUCGGCCCGCAAGGAGCUCCAGGGGGGUGCAACUGUGGCCGCGGGGCCCGAUCGGCCUUCUCUGUGGCGUCGACCAAGAGCUACCCGAAGGAGCGGCUGCCCAUCCGCUUCGGCCGGAUUCUGCUGAACGAGGGCGAUCACUACAACGCCAGCAGCGGCAAGUUCGUCUGCGCCGUCCCCGGCGUCUACUAUUUCACAUACGACAUCACUCUGGCCAACAAACACCUGGCCAUCGGGCUGGUGCACAACGGCCAGUACAAGAUCAGGACGUUUGACGGUAACACGGGGAACCACGACGUGGCGUCUGGUUCCACCGUGCUCCACCUGCAGCAGUCCGACCAGGUGUGGCUGCAGAUCUUCUACUCGGACCAGAACGGGCUCUUCUUUGACCCCUACUGGACGGACAGCACCUUCACCGGCUUUCUCAUCUACGCCGACCAGGAGUAUCUCGACGAGGCUGAUGGAAAAGCUAAUGCGCAGGAUGAUGGUUGAUUCUGAGAUCAUUUUUCUUUUUUAUAUGAGUUUUUUGGUGGAAUUCUCGUCGAAAUGUUGUGAAGCCAGAGUCUGACACCAGGGGGCGCGAGAGAGGGACAGUCGUCCACUGCUGGCAAUUGUUUGACAUUCAAAAGCCCUGCUAUCAUUCGUUCGCAGGGUUAAAACGUAGAUCCAAUUAGAACCUUUAUCGUUUCUCUGGUUUCUUCUUUAUCUUACAUGAGCUACAAGGCUGCAACGCAGAGCCUGCCGCAGAGUAAAAGUCAAACAUCCAACAAUGAACAAGAUACAUGUUUGGGUGGAGGGGGACUUUAAAUAAGCCAUCUCAGUAGAUGGCUCAAAUAUUUCUAAUUGCGUUGGAUAUUAAUUAUGGAUAUAGAAGCGGUGUCUGCAAGUUAUACAAAUUGAUUCAGUUUAUUUUGAUAUUUAUAACAUUGGGAUGGUUUAUCAUUUACAACUCUUCAUUGUUACCUUACUGUGUGGUUGUUAUUAGACUAUCUCACCGUACCUGUAUAUAGGAUUAUGUCAUCCGAAUGCAAAAAUUUGGAAAAGUUUACACAAGUUUACAGAUUAUAUAUUAUCAACUGUAGUUGAGUUGUCACAGACGCCUUCAUCACAUCUUUGAGUAAUGCUUGUUUUGUGAUAAGAGCAAAUAUGGCCUUGUUCUGUUUGAUUUCAUCAAUAAAUACACACCAUAAAAGCAUCCCACAUGUAGAAUACAAUGCACCGUAGUUUGUGCACAAAAUAAAAUAAAAUACAGCAUUUGUUGAACCUGAA